AUGCAUAAAAUUCUUUUCGAGAAUAAGCUAUCUACUUACUCUCCCUUUAGUCCUUUUGGUUCUUCCAAAAACUCUAUGCCAGGCAUAAUAACAAAGAUUAAAAAUAAGAUUUAAGAUCUAUUUCAACCUUCUAUUAACCCAUCAAGUACAAUUUAACGGAUAUAAUGCUAUAAUGAACAAAAUUUAGAUAAAGAACUAUCCUAUUAAUUUUAAAAUAAUCUUGUAAUUGUAGAUCACAUUAUACCUAACAAGGACCAUAUUCCAAUUUCAAAACGUAAGUCAUUAUAUCCCUUUGAUUUAUAUUUAAAGGAACUUAACCAAAAUCAAAAUUAAAUAUCUGAUGAAGCCAUUAACAAUAAAUAGAUCUAACUAAAACAUUAAGAACCUUAUCUUACUAAAACCAAGAAACAAAUGAAGUUUAAAAAAAAUCAUGCUAAAAUUGAAAAAUCUAGAAAAAUGGAAGGUAAUUUUUGUUUUUAUUUUCAAUAGUCAACACAUAAAAAAGAGACUUUGAGUUUAAUUAAAAAUCCAAGAAUUUAAAUGUUGAAUUAACAUAAGAAAAUUCUUCAGGUUUCUUGUCCAAUAAUUCAAUUAAAAAAAUUAAGUGCAUAGACAACACCAUCGAAAUAGUAAGUCCUUAUUACUAGUAAGAGGAAUAGACUAAAGGAAAAAUGUCUCAAAUAAAUUAAUUUGAAAUUUAAUCUUUUGAAAACAUUAAAUAAAAUUAACAAAUUGGUUGUCAAUAAUUGAGUGAUUAAAAAAACAGGAUUUCUAAAACUCAAAAUAGACAUUCUUGCAACAUCGUUAACUUCAAAUAAUUUAUUUAAGAAAAUUAAUAUUUUUCAAGUUCUACUGGCACUAAUACAAAAGGAGAAACUUAAGAGGCCAUAUUCAAUAUGGAACAUAUUUCCUUCUCUUAAGAAACUGAUUCCUCAAUUUUAGAAGAGAAAUAAUCUAUCAAUGACUCUUUUAAAAUUUAAAAUAAGCUUUAUUCUUAUUUUAAUCCUAAUUUUACAGAAAAAGAUAAUAUUAAUGUAAAUUAAGAAUUAAAACAAAAUAAAUGUUAAGAUGAACUCAAAAUUAUGGAUUAAAAUUAAAUUUCUUCAGAUAAUUCAGAAUAACUAAAGUAGUAAAUUUAAAAAUAAAGAAAUUUGAGAUUAGAAUCAGAAAUUAUAAAUCUGUAGAUUUAAUGUAAUCUUUAAACCUAAAAUGAAAAAAAGAAUUAAAUAGAAAAAUUGGAAUCUGAUAAUUAAGUUAAAUAAGAAGAAUUGAAAUUUCAAGUUAAAUAAGAAGAAUUAAAUAGUCAAAUAAAUUAAGUUAUUACAAAAAAAGAGGAUUCCUGUGAUAAUCAUAAUUAAAAUGUAUUCUUUUCUCAUUCAAUAUAGAAAUUAGAAAAUAAUUAAAAUAUAAAAGAAUUAGAAUAAAAUAAGGAUUAAAUUUAAUAAUAACUAUAAAAUGAAUAAAUAUAUCCAAAGGAAUUGUUUUAAAAAUAAUUAGAUGAAAAACUUGAUAGUCCUUUAUCUUAAAAUACAUUAUUGUCUAUGAAUUGUGAAAGCACAACCAAAAAUUCAAAUAUUAUUUAAGAAAAUGAUAAACAAAAAGAAUUUAUUAUGAAGACUAAUUAAACUUUAGGAUAAAAUAAUCCAUUUUUAGAUACUAGUUCUCAUAUUAGCUCAGAUUAAGUAAGUUAAUAUUUUUUGUAAGGCCUUUUAACAGGAAAUUCUUAAAAUCCUUAACAAUAAUAGUAAAUUAUUAAAGUUCAAAAUCCAUUAGAUAUAUUUUAAAUGUAAAACAAUAAUUAACUUUUUAAUUUUAAUGUUCUUGUUGAAAAUUAAGGUUAUUAAGCUUAAUCAUAAAAUCUAUAUACUUAAUAGUAUCUCACUUAAAAGAAUGAUUAAUGCUUAAUUUAUAAGCAAAUGGAAAUCAUCGAUCAAAUACCACUAUCAAAUUAAUUUCAUUUAAAUUAACAAAACAAUUAUUAAUAACCUAUUUAAAAUUACUAUUAUCCAACAUAUGAAUAGAAAUAAUACCGUGAACCUGUUGCCUUUUAGUAAUCUUAAUCAAGUAUUCCAUGGGUUGGUUUCUAGUCACCUAUUUAGUAAUAGAAUCCUUAUCCAUAAAUGCAGUAAUCUUCAUUUCAAAUAUCAAGCAUUAAUCUAUUUUAAUCAAAUUCCUCUAUGGCAAAUUCCAAUCCAAACUGUUGUUAAGAAGAAAUUACAAACAAUCAUAUAUAUACUAAAUAGGAUGUACUAUCAUUUUUUCAAGAUACUAAUAAGAAAUAAGAUUAAAGUAAUUAAUAAAACAUAUAUUUAGAUCUAUUUACUCUUGAUUCCAUUUAAAAUAGUAACACUUAGGCCUAAAAUUUAAAUAGCAGCUUUACUAGAGGAUAUAGAAAGAAACAAAGAAUUAAUAAUAACUGA